GCCUUAUAUUCAAUCUUAUAUAAUCAUCACACAAUGGAACUCAAAUUUGCUGUGUUGGUAUUGACUUUGCUCUAUUGUGGACUUGUAAAUGCGCAAAUCUAUGAUGUGCUUAAAUUCGGUGCUAAGGGCGAUGGUACUACAGAUGAUUCAAAGGCUUUUGUAGAAGCAUGGAAAUCUAUGUGUAGUUCUGGUGGAGAAAACAAAACACUUCUCAUUCCUUCAGAGAAUACGUUUUUACUACAACCUCUAGUGUUUCAAGGCCCUUGCAAAUCUUCUUCAGUACAAGUUCAGUUUGAUGGAAAAAUCGUUGCCCCUAUCAACAAAGCAGCAUGGUCAGACUCUGAGAAACAAGUAUGGGUUGGUUUUAAUGGCCUAAUUGGUUUAACAGUCACUGGUUCAGGAAUGAUCGAUGGACGUGGUUCGUCUUUCUGGGAGCCAGGAUUGUCAACUUCUGAACGGCCAACUCAAUUACAAUUUCAAGGAUGCAGUAAUCUUCAGAUAAUUGGAAUAACCUCAGUCAAUAGCCCGAAAAACCAUAUUUCGAUCAGCAAUUGCAAAAAUGUUGACAUAACGAAGAUAGAACUUGUUGCACCUGAUCUGAGUCCUAACACCGAUGGAGUUAAUAUCGCAGAUUCAAGUAAUGUCAACAUAUUCGACACUAAAAUUGGAACUGGAGAUGAUUGUGUAGCUAUAAACAGUGGAAGUAAAGAUAUCAACAUCACAAUGAUGAUUUGUGGUCCUGGACAUGGAAUAAGGCAUAUAUUUAUUUUAUAUAAACUAAUGCAACUAUAUAAUGUGGGAAGUCUUGGAAAAGAUGGAGAAGAAUCUGAAGUUGAGAAUGUUCUCGUGACUGAUUGCAUUUUUAAUAAGACUGAUAAUGGAGCUAGAAUUAAGACAUGGCCGAAUGGAAAAGGAUAUGCAAGAAAUAUAGUUUUUAAGGGCAUCGAGCUCAUAGAAACAAAAAAUCCAAUUAUAAUCAACCAAAACUACAUAGAUAAGGGACGUCUUGGUGUUGAGAAAUCAGCAGUGGCAAUUAGCAACGUGACGUUUACAGAUGUUUUUGGAACUUCGCGAAUUGAUGAGAUUUUAAAGAUAGAUUGCAGCAAAGUCACAUAUUGCAAAGACAUUGUUUUAGAACAUAUUGAUAUUUCUACGAUCGAUGGAACUAAGCCCAUAGUUGAAUGUAGCAACGUAUAUGGAAAGUCGAACAAUGCUAGCCAGAUUGAUGGCUGUUUCAUGCAAAAGUAAUCUGAUUUAGGUAUGAAAUAUAUACAUUUACUAUAGCAAAAAAAUGAAAGAUAAACUUAGUUUCUUUGUAAUAAAUAUAUAAUUAUAUCCAAUAAAUGUAUUAAUAUAUUAACUAUUGUUAUACAUGUAAUACUAGGUGAUCGGCUCCCACUGUAUAUAGACUAGAAAAUAUUUUAUAUACGUAAUAUAUGAUUAAUGUUGUAUAUUAUUUUAUUACUAAUUGUACAUGAUUAUUUAUAAUUUAAGUAAAAAUAUUGUAAAAAUAUUUAAUAAUAAAA